GAAAUCUCCCUGGGUUUGAGGACAGAUACGUCAGGUUGCUUCUUGCACUCUGGAUCACGAAGCUGCAAGAGAGUGUCGGAGGCUUAUAGGCACAAAGCAAGAGAGGCAUAGAUCUGCACAUCAGAGGCUCAGAGAGUGCAAACCUCACCCGAAGCACGGCAGCCAAAGAGGACCAUGGCAUUUGCAGGGAUGCUGAGCGACGAGGACAUCAAGGCUGCGGUCAAGGCUUGUCAAGCUCCAGGCACAUUCAACUUCAAGUCAUUCUUUACACAAGUGGGACUGACCGGCUCAUCUGAGGCAGAUGGGAAAAAAGUGUUUACAGUCCUGGACCAGGACAAGAGUGGAUACAUUGAGGAGGAGGAGCUCAAACUGUUCCUUCAGAAUUUUUCCCCAGGGGCAAGGGAGCUGACUGUGGAUGAGACUAAGAGUCUGAUGGCUGCAGGAGAUAGGGAUGGCGAUGGCAAGAUUGGAAUGGAAGAGUUCUGUGAUCUCCUGAAAUAAAGAGAAUAAAUACACAUGACUGCAGCUUUCUUUCCCUGUUUUUGAAUAAUGGAUUUCUUAUGGAAGUCCCCACUUUCCAGAUCGUUUGAUGCAAAGACCAGAAACCUCAGAUAUUCUGUACCUGCCUGCUGCUCUCCUUUGUUGAUGUGAUAUAAUAAUGGUAUAAGAUGUUUGGUGGACAGACGGCUAAGGCUGACUAUUAGCUGUGUGUGUAUUAAAUCAAUCAGGUACCUGGAAUUGAUUAAUAAAGGUAUUUAUUGGAUGUGA